AUGUCUUCUAUCACCACAGUAGAGCUGUCUUCGAUGAGCAGGUCUGCGACGCCGGUCCCGGAGAUCCGACAGCAACCCUGUGCACCAGCAACGCCAACCGAGACUUAUGUCGUCCAAGCGCACGCCCCGGAGCCCCGUGAAUCCUUGGACCGAACGCCAGAGCCAGAUUUAAGCCAGCAUAUUGUCAGCGUGUUGUGGUGUAAAGAGAAGAGCAUGGCGAUCAUGACCAUGGUGGCACUCCUCCUUGGAUUUGCCUCUCUUGGAUUUGGCAUUGGAAGCUGGUUAGGCCAAAAACAAGGGAACGAUAUAGCGACAAAAUCUCUAUGGAUUGAUAGAUAUGGAAUAUGUUCGGAUCACGAGGAACUGCGCAAGACACCUCAAUGCCAGCAAAUUAUCGCAGAGACCUUACAGGAUCUAAAUAUUAAUGGGAAACUGCCAAGAAACCAGACUCUUCAGUCACGCGCCGUCAAUCCAUUUGAGGUAUGCACACAUCCAUAUAAGAUGCGGCACCGACACGUCCAACAUAUGAUCGACUGGGUGCCGCGCCAGCUGGACGUUUAUAUUCGGGCAUCAGUGAUUGAGUCCGAGAUAUCGGCAUGUCUCCCACUUUCAGCCCGGUCGAUACCGGAAAUAAGAAGAACUUCAGUUAGUCUCGCGCAGAGAUAUCAGUUUGCAAUGAGACCGAUACUAGCUGGGGUUGUGGAGCCAGAAGACGCUGUGCUGGACAGCAUCGUACGCGAAGUUGAAGAUAUGUACAGUGUGGUGGCUGGCAUCAGCAAAGCAGACGAACUCUGCUUGUCGGAGAACGGCAUGAAUGUUAAUCAUUUCAAUGCAUGGAGAGCGGAUCUCGUACAUAAUCAUGAGACGCGACCAAAGCCCAUCGCCAGUCGGAGCGAAUAUCGGUCGUCUAUGCUCGACAAGAAGCUUAGCAAGUAUAUCAGCGCCAGCGACUCGGCUGCUAUGGAAUCGAAGCUUCGAUAUGCAAAGAUUGCAUGGGCUGCUGGUAUCCUCACUUUCCUCCUCUUGCGACUGAUCGUUGCAAGACCUAUCCCAACGGCCCAAUUCAGUCCUGGAAUGUUGGCGCUCGACAUCUACUUGAUGAGCCGCAGAGUGGAGCAGACGUAUACGUCUAGCCCGCUGAGAAGCAGCGUCAUAUUCUUUAUUACCAGCUUGUGCUUGAACCGACUGUAUCUCAUGAUUUCAUCCAGGGACCACAUUUUGCAGACUAAACUGGAACGCGUCACAGCCGCUACCUUGAUCAUCUGCUGUGCGGCCAAUAUUUCACGGCUUUUCUUCCCGACCACAUACUUCUUAGCUUUCGCCUAUUGGUUUUUGAGGGUGUCAGCCGCCGAGUUGGACGUAGGGAUGUGGGAUUCCUUGACAAGUUUGGUUGCCUCCUGGGCGACUCUAUGCCGGAAAGAUGUGUCAAGAUAUUCGUGGCUCAUAGUCUCGAUACCCUUUCUAUUCAUCAUGCUCUCAAGUGGAUUGAUUUUUUGGGUCCUUGAUGAAAGGUUUGGAGGCCUGUCUUUUGUGAUUGUCUUCAUGUUGAGCAAAAUCUGCUGGCACCGGUAA